UUCAGGCAAUUUAACGGUGUGAGAAGUUGUAACAUUACCAGUACAUUUCCGGAAUUCUGCUGUGUGUGAACGCAGAAGGAAAAUUACCGGUAUAAGCACGUACGCGUUCAGAACGUGGUGACGUAUGACGCCUAUUCAGGGCCAACCAUAACAAUCAGACGCAGGAGGUGACGCAUUCACUCCGUAUUUGUUUACCAAAAUAAAAGAAAUGUCAUCCAACUGGAGUGACAGUGAAAUUAAAGCGCUUCUCUUUAUCCGUGCGGAUGAAGAAAUUUGUCGUAAUCUUAGAGGAACUGUUAGUGAUGCAGUAACAUAUGAUAAAAUUACUAACCGUCUCCGUGAGCAAGGCAUCCACAGGACAAAAAGUCAGGUCAUCAGUAAAUUGAAAACAUUACGCCUUAAAUAUAUGAAAAUUAACGAUCAUCAUAAACAAAGUGGCAAUGGAAGAAUAACUUGGAUGUAUCAUGAGCUUUGUCAAUCCAUUUGGGGAUCCAGUCAUUCCGCAAAUCCCGUUGCUCUGACUGGUAGUUUGAAUUUUGAGGGACCCCAAUCUGGCGUUGCUAAGGACGCGUGUGAUGGCAGCACGUCAAGUCAGUCAGUCGACACAGAGGCACCAACUUGUAAUGCAGAACUAACUGAUGAGGUUACAGGUUUCACUCAGCCACCAAGGAAGAAGUCAAAAAAAAACAAAGAUCACAUGAUUGACUCCAUAGCUACAGUGCUACAAACUAUGGAAACAACAUUCAGAGAGCAAGAAGCACUCCGUAUACAGGAGCAAAGAGAGUAUGAAGAAAGGUUGCACAAAGAGGCAAAGGAAGAGCAGAAGGAGGAAAGGGCAAGCAUGAUGGCGAUGUGGAAGGAAAUGAUGGAGUUCCAAGGAAACCUCUUAAAGGACAUUAUGACGCGCCCACCCCCAACAACGUCUCUUCCUCUGAAUCCACAUUACCAACAACAUAAUCAUCACAGCCAACACUUCUCUUUUCCAAGCCCUAGCACUAGCUACAUGGCACCAUACCACCCACCAGAUCAAGAUGCAGAGGCCUCACUCCAUCCUCAAUUCAAGUCUUCGUUCUUAGAAGAUCUGCAAGACUAGACUAAAAUAAAAUAAAACAGUUCACUUCAA